AUGGUCUCAAACAACAAGGUUCAUUCGUACGAACGCUGUGGUAGUGAGGUGAAAGAAUACGCAGAGGAUCACGUCAACUUGGAAGACAAGUCCGAAAGCUUGAUGAAGCUACAGAGCGCCGGUUGGGGUAGAAACGAACACUUCAAUUCUACUGUAUUCAGCGCCCCAGAGGUAUUGACGCAAAUGAAGAACGGUGGCGUUAGAUUACCGACGACGUUCGACGUCAGCUCUGGUGCUCUGGGCUCGCGACCUGCCGGCGAAAGGUUGAAUCCCUCAAGCCAUGCGCCAUCACCAAGCCGCGAUUGCGAGCUUCGGCAGAUGUCGCAGAAUCGGUUGCCAAAGCUGCCGAAUAGACCGGACGGCCCAAGAGGGCCAUUCCAACAGCUACAUAGCCAGGUGGCGGAGACUAAACAUGAAUGCACAACGUUGAAGCAGGAAAAUGCCGAAUUAAAAGAGAGAAACAUCGCCUCAGACCAACAUAAAGCUCUUUUGGAAGAGUAUGUGGGUCUCUUGGAAGAGAAGGUGAUGUACUUGGAACGCAGCAAAGCUUCACUUACAAGGCAGUUACAAGCAGAGAAACGUAGGCAGUGCUUCUUUGUGCAUGAGGGAUCUUUUGACAGUUGCAGUGACUGA